AUGUCUCAUCUCCAAUACUAUGCCUAUAAAGGCCAGGGAGUCGAAAAGAGAGCGGCGUUCUCUUACAACCAGGCCGUUCGAGUAGGCGAUCGGAUCGAAUGCUCUGGCCAAGGGGGAUGGCAUCCCGAGACUGGCGUGUUUGAGAAGGAAAUAAAUGCGCAAAUCGACCUUGCGUUUUCCAACGUGGAGCUCAAUUUGAAGGACGCUGGGGGCAAAGGGUGGUCCCAGGUUUUCCGUGUGAACUCUUAUCACGUCCCUUUGAACAACGAAGCAUUGGAAGCCAUGGUGCGGAACUUCAAGAAAUAUAUGCCGGAUCACCAACCGAUCUGGACCUGUGUGGGCGUGGCGCGUCUUGGAGAGGAUGAUAUGCGUGUUGAGAUUGAGGUUGUAGCACAUGACCCGCAAGAGGCCAAAUAG